AUGGGAACUGAUGAGGAUAAAAAACCUGUGGCUCCGAGACAGAUACAGGAUGUGAGUGAGAUCGUUAUUGGAUGCAAAUGUUGGGUGGAAAAGGAUGGAGCAGAACGGCUGGCGGAAAUAUUGAGUAUAAACAGCCGUAAGAAGCCUCCCAAGUUUUACGUGCAUUACGAAGACUUCAAUAAGCGUUUGGAUGAGUGGAUUUUGGCCCCGCGGAUAAAUGUCAAGAAAGAGGUGUUCUUUCCAGUGUCAGAGAAUGACAAGGACGCCGAAACGGACAAAGCGAAUAAGAAGAAACAGAAACAGAAAAAAAGUUCCGAACCGCCCGAUAACGAUGAGAAGGCGCAGUCUGAAGCGCAAGCGCCAGAUGGGGGUGAUAUCAUGGACUUGGACUCCUUGAACGUUCAAGGAAUAAAAGAUGAGGAGAUUUCUAGAGACGACGAGAUCAAAAAACUACGAACUUCAGGUUCGAUGGUGCAGAAUUCACACGAAGUAGCAAGAGUACGAAAUCUAAGCAAGAUCAUAAUGGGGAAAUACGAAAUAGAACCGUGGUAUUUUUCUCCUUACCCUAUAGAACUUACGGACGAAGAUGUGGUCUACAUCGAUGCGUUCACGCUUCAGUACUUCGGUUCCAAAAAACAAUACGAGCGCUAUAGAUCUAAAUGCACACUGCGACAUCCGCCUGGUAACGAAAUAUACCGUGACGAUUAUGUGUCGUUUUAUGAAAUUGACGGCAGAAAACAGAGAACUUGGUGCAGAAAUCUUUGUCUCUUCUCAAAGCUAUUUUUGGAUCACAAAACGCUUUACUAUGAUGUUGAUCCUUUCUUGUUCUACUGUAUGACAAGAAGAGAUGAGCUGGGUCAUCAUUUGGUGGGUUAUUUCUCCAAAGAAAAAGAAUCUAGUGAAAACUACAAUGUGGCGUGUAUUCUCACUCUUCCCCAAUAUCAAAGAAUGGGGUACGGACGACUUCUGAUAGAGUUCUCGUACGAGCUUUCCAAGAAAGAAGGUAAGGCUGGAUCACCGGAAAAGCCGUUAUCGGACUUGGGACUUCUGUCCUAUAGAGCCUAUUGGGCCGAUACUCUAAUCAAGCUGCUAAUGAAUCAUGUAUCCGAGAUCACAAUCGAUGAAAUAAGCUCACUCACAUCCAUGACCACCACAGAUAUUCUGCAUACGGCUAAAGCGCUCAACAUCCUUCAAUAUUAUAAGGGCCAGCAUAUCAUCUACAUGAAUGAAGAGGUAGCGCAGCGGUAUGAAAAGAUCAAAGAAAAAAAGGGCAAACGCAACAUCGACCCCGCCAAAUUGAUCUGGAAGCCGCCCGUUUUCACCGCCUCCCAGCUGCGGUUUGCAUGGUAA